UAUAUCUCAUUAACUUUCUGACACAACUUGUAUAGAAAAGGAGGAAUACUGCGUUUCUUCCUCUUCGUUGCGCUACCCUUAAGAUAGCGAAAGAAAAUUUGUUAGAAAUUGUAUCGCUAUUGUAAUAUGUUUGUGACAAAUUAAUAACAGGCAGAAAAAGUAGCAAUUGAAUCUCGCGUGCUCGAAUGGUAUCAUCUUCCGGAAAAGAAAAUGCGCAGUGUCAUUUUAUUGAUGAUAAUGUCUAACUAUCCACCGAAGAUUUGCGCUGGCAAGAUCAUGGAGUUAUCAUUCAAGACGUUUGGUAAUAUUAUUAAAACAUCUGGGGCAUACUUCAAUAUGCUUCGAAAUGUAACCGAGUGAAAGGAUUUAGGUCAAAUCAAAAGAACUACGAAGUGAACAGUGUAGUAAGCUUUAACGAUUUUUUAACUAUGACUAUAUUAAAAUUCAUCGAUAGUUGUCGAUCGUUUUCGUUGUAUCUGGAUAUAAUAUUAUAUGAUAAAAUUGAAUAUAGAAGAUACCGACAUUAUUCAGAUAAAAUGCAACAUCGUAUACAAGUUCAAGAUGGAAAUUGACGGAAAAUAAAAAGAUUAAUAUUAUUUAUCUCGAAUUAUUGCUAGCUUUCCUAGUAAAUGUAAGUUUUAUUGAAGCUUACUGUCCAUAUAUCUGAACCAUAUGAUUCAGAUAAACAUAUGAUUUGAAAGUUACUCAACUGUGACUCCCUGUACAAAAGAAAUCUUUUUAUGCUGAUUCACUGCCACGUGCUAUUUGUAGCGGUUGAGCAAAUUGAAGAACCCUACUUGAGGUAAUAAAAAACUGUUACUUCUAGGCGAAUGUAACAAAAUGGAAAGGAAUAAAGUUAAAUACUACAACUUUACCGUUUGUUGCAAAGGUCGACGAACACGAUCGGGCAAAAAUAGUUUUCAUCGAAGACAAUCCCGUCUCCUGGGAUUUACGAUUUCGUUUGGAAACUUCACUGCUGACGAUCCCCCGCACGCAACGCUUGAAUCUUUAAAGCGCGCAAGCGUACGAAAGUCAACUGAAGUUAACUUCACGGCCAACUUUGCGCUUCCACGAUCAGUCGUGAUUCAGGUCGCGUUCAGAUUUUACAUCAACAGUAGCUGACAACGGAUGAAGCUAGUGAAUAUUGUGAAACGUUCGUUAAAAUCCGUAAAAAAAUGCUGCGAAACGUACAUACUCAGAACGAUAUCGUAUAUGUUAUGCAACCAACUCGCAAUCUCAUGCUCGCAGUGGGUGUCUGGGCACCCAGGAGCGGGAGGAUGUCCGUAUUCCAAAAAAUUUAUAACCUUUUCCUGAACUUUAGCACCAAUUUUCUAUUGGCCUGUGAGUUUAUACCCGGUAGCAUUUAUUGGCUCCUGGAAGAAUCAGCGCGAAUGCGUCUUCAGAUGUGCCCUCUUCUCUUCUAUGUCUUCAUGUCUGUCAUUCAAUAUUAUAUCCUUCUGUCUCGCAAUGGUAGAAUCAGACAAUGUUGGAAGCAUGUCGAGGAAGACUGGGAAAAUGUUUUCAGCAUGGACGCGCGUAAUGUUAUGUUCAAGGGUGCAAAAUCCGCUAAAUUCCUGAUUCUAAUCUGUGCAGCUCUUAUGUACACUGGAUCGAUUAUGUUUCGCAUAAUAUUGCCCUUGUCUCAGGGAAAGAUUGUAACCGAUCAGAAUAUCACAAUCAGACCCUUGGCCUGUCCGGUGAAUUUUUUGUUCAUCGACGCACAAGCUAGUCCCUUCUACGAGAUACUCUUUGUAUUCCAGGCAAUAACAGGAUUUAUUAUAGUUUCGGUUGCAACCAGUGCAUACGGCCUUUUAGCAUAUUUUGUGGAGCAUGCCAGCGGUCAAAUGAAGAUCCAGAUUUGGUUGAUGAAGUGUCUUGUCCAAGAACAACGGAAAAAGGAGCAUGAAAUUGAUAAGAAAUUAGCUGAAGUAGUCGAACAUCAAAUAAGAGUACGCAGUUUCCUUCAGAUGGUACAGUAUACUAUGCAAGAAAUAUGUUUGAUAGAAAUCAUGGAGAGUACCUUAACCAUCUGCGUUCUUCUGUAUUUUAUAAUAUUGGAUUGGGAUUCUCAUAAUUUUGGAGUUAUAGGCUCUUAUGCGUUAAACAUUGUUAACGUGACAAUCCAUAUAUUUCUGUUUUGCUACACCGGUGAGCAACUUAACGACCAGGCAGAAAAAGUAGCAAUUGAAUCCCGCGAGCUUGAAUGGUAUAAUCUUCCGGAGAAAAAAAUGCGCAGCAUUGUUUUAUUGAUGAUUAUGUCUAAUUAUCCGCCUAAAAUCUCCGCUGGCAAGAUCAUGGUGCUAUCGUUGAAGACGUUUGGUGAUAUCAUUAAAACGUCUGGGGCGUACUUUAAUGUGCUUCGAAGUGUAACCGAAUGAAUUUGUUAUAUCGUUGGGAUAUCUUAAAUCACCGCAAAAAUAUAACACGAACAGCAAACUUAAACAAAGGAUCAAUAAAAUGAUCAUAUAAUAUAUAAGGAUAAAAAAGAAAUUUAGAAAAACGAGUAAACUUACUUACGCAAGUAAAAGUAACAUUCGAAACAGAAAAUGAAAAAUUGAAAAAUUAAUGUUGCUUAUCUAAGAUUUAUUGCAAGCUAUUUUGCCCAAGUAAAUAUACGAGCUUUAUUGAAGCUUGCUGUUUUUAUAUCUCGGAAAAAUAUUGUCAUACGAGUACAUAAAAAUAUAUACAUAUAUACACGCAUACGUAGUUUAUUUACAAAGCAAGAAAAUUUAAUAUAAGUUUAUAAAUGUAUACGACAUGAUAUCCAUUCAAAUUAAUUCUCCUUUAUAGAACAAUUUAUAUUAUUGUUUGUGUUAAGUUAUAUGUCAACAAUACUUCAGUAAAUAAAAAGUUCGUACUUGA